AGGCGGGCGCGAGGCCGCGCCUUCAGCGUGCAUCACUCCGGCGCGCGCUCCGGCUCCCAUCGCUGCAGCCGCGGCUCCGCACACGAGGCGCAGCCCCCUGGAGUACCUCGGAGUCCUCCAGAAAGACCAGUGCCCUAGUGCCAGGCAGGCCUUCAAGGCCUGGCUCCCAUCUUCUGACCGAACUGUUUGGGAGACCCUGGCGAGCCAGCCUCGGGCCUCGGAGAAGCUCAGCGGCGCAGAAGGCUUCAAAAAGAGGACCCCUAAGUUCUCCCCGUCCCCUCAGACCCUGCGAACGCCUCCAGCUCGGCCCCCAGGCCCUCCGCCCCCGCGAGCCCGGGGCGUCUACAAAGGCGCGGAAAAGCGGAUCGGUCUGGAGUCGGGGUUCCAGAGCGCACUGCGCGUGCGCCGCGGCGCCUGCUGCGGGGGGCGGCGGUCCCCGGCUUUGCGUGGCGCGCGGCGCCGGGACUGCCGAUUGUCCUGCUCCGGGAGGCGAGGGUGCUGGGCGUGGCUCCCGAGGUGCUCGGCGGGGCUGAAAAGACCGCGGCUUCUGCGCGCCGGGUGAAAGGUGUUGGAGAGACCACGACCGGCCGGUCUCCAUCGGCCGGAGCUCCCGCGGGGAACCGAACCUGCGCGUGGGCCGGGCCGUGGGAAGGCGGGGCAGCGGAGAGGCCUUUUCUUUCAGCAUUUUUUUUUUUUUUUCGCCCAGCCCACGCAGACCUUCAGGGAAGAGAUCCGGAGACCAGUACGGGAUCGCCCUGAGCAUCAUCCAAGACUGCGGCGCGGCCGGCGCGGAGGAAGGUGCAAUGGCAAGGAAUUUAUCUGUAAUCUUGAUCCUGACCUUUGCCCUGUUGGUCACCAAUCCCCUUCAUGAAUUAGAAUCAGCUGCUGCUUUCUCUCAGACCACUGAGAAAAUUAAUCUGAACUGGGAAUCUGGCAUUAACGUUGACACAGCAGUGAGCACACGGCAACAUCAUCUACAGCAGCUUUUCUACCGCUAUGGAGAGAACAAUUCCUUGUCAGUUGAAGGGUUCAGAAAAUUGCUUCAGAAUAUAGGCAUAGAAAAGAUUAAACGAAGCCAUGCCCACCAUGACCACGAGCAUCAUUCUGAGCAUGACCAUGAUCAUCACACCCAUCGUAAUCGAGCUGCUUCUGGUAAAAACAGUCGGAAAGCUCUUUGCCCAGACCAUGACGCUGAUGGUUCAGGUAAAGAUCACAGAAACAGCCAAGGGAAAGGACCUCACCGCCUGGAACAUGCCAGUGGUAGAAAGAAUGGCAAGGAGGGUGUAAGUGCUGGGGAAGUGACCUCCACCAUGUAUAACACUGUCUCUGAAGGAACUCACUUUCUAGAGACCUUGGAGACUCCAAAACCUGGUAAACUCCCCAAAGAUAUCAACAGUUCCACUCCACCCAGUAUCACAGAAAGGAAUCGGGUGGCACGGCUGAUUGGUAGCAAAACCAACGAGUCUGCGAAUGAGCCCAGAAAGGGCUUCAUGUAUUCCAGAAGCAUAAAUGACAAUACCCAGGAGUGUUUCAAUGCAUCAAAGCUGCUUAUGUCUCAUGGCAUGGGUAUCCAGGUUCCACUGAAUGCAACGGACUUCAGCUAUCUCUGCCCAGCUAUCAUCAAUCAAAUUGACGCUAGAUCUUGUCUGAUUCAUACAACGAGCGAGAAGAAGGCUGAAAUCCCACCAAAGACCUAUUCUUUACAAAUAGCCUGGGUUGGUGGCUUUAUAGCCAUUUCCAUCAUCAGUUUCCUGUCCUUGCUGGGGGUUAUCUUGGUACCUCUCAUGAAUCGGGUGUUUUUCAAGUUUCUCCUAAGUUUCCUUGUGGCAUUGGCUGUUGGGACUUUGAGUGGUGAUGCUUUAUUACACCUCCUUCCACAUUCUCAUGCAAACCACCACCACAGUCAUAGCCAUGAAGAGCCAUCAAUGGAAAUGAAAAGAGGCCCACUUUUCAGUCAUCUGUCUUCUCAAAACAUAGAAGGAAGUUCCUAUUUUGAUUCCACUUGGAAAGGUCUGACAGCUCUAGGAGGCUUGUAUUUCAUGUUUCUUGUUGAACAUGUACUCACAUUGAUCAAGCAAUUUAAAGAUAAAAAGAAAAAGAACCAAAAAAAGCCUGAAAAUGAUGAUGACAUGGAGAUUAAGAAGCAGUUGUCCAAGUAUGAAUCUCAACUUUCAACGAAUGAGGAGAAAAUAGAUACAGAUGACCGCACUGAAGGCUAUUUACCAGCAGACUCUCAAGAGCCCUCCCACUUCGAUUCUCAGCAGCCAGCAAUUUUGGAAGAAGAAGAGGUCAUGAUAGCUCAUGCUCACCCACAAGAAGUCUAUAAUGAAUAUGUACCCAGAGGGUGCAAGAACAAAUGCCACUCACACUUCCAUGAUACCCUGGGCCAGUCGGAUGACCUCAUUCACCACCAUCACGACUACCAUCAUAUUCUCCAUCACCACCACCACCAAAACCACCACCCCCAUAGUCACAGUCAGCGCUACUCUCGGGAGGAGCUGAAAGAUGCUGGCAUUGCCACUUUAGCGUGGAUGGUGAUCAUGGGCGAUGGCCUACACAACUUCAGCGAUGGCCUAGCAAUUGGGGCUGCUUUCACUGAAGGCUUAUCAAGUGGGUUGAGUACUUCUGUUGCUGUGUUCUGUCACGAGUUGCCUCAUGAAUUAGGUGACUUUGCUGUCUUACUAAAGGCUGGCAUGACUGUUAAGCAGGCUGUGCUUUAUAAUGCAUUGUCAGCCAUGCUGGCGUAUCUUGGAAUGGCAACGGGAAUUUUCAUUGGGCACUAUGCCGAAAAUGUUUCCAUGUGGAUAUUUGCACUUACUGCUGGUUUAUUCAUGUAUGUCGCUCUGGUUGAUAUGGUACCUGAGAUGUUACAUAACGAUGCUAGUGACCAUGGAUGUAGCCGCUGGGGAUAUUUCUUUUUACAGAAUGCUGGGAUACUUUUGGGUUUUGGGAUUAUGUUGCUUAUUUCCAUAUUUGAACAUAAAAUUGUAUUUCGUAUAAAUUUCUAAUUAUGGUAAAAUGCUAGAGUAGCUUUAAAGAAUUGCCGUCAAUAGUUUAAAUGGGCCAUAGGGACAUGAGUUUGUAUGCUGUCAUAUCCAGCAUUUAAAGUUAGUGGAUUUUGUGAUUUUUGUAUUGAAUAUUACUGUUUGCUAUACUGAUAAGGCCAGUUAUGUUGGUAACAUAAAGGUACGUUUUAAUAUUUAAAUUAUUCUAUUUUGGAAAUAUAAGCUAUGUGUGCAGUUCACCAAUAUCCUCAGUUUAUUGUGUAAGCAAGAUAUUUGGCAUGACAUGUUCUGUAUAUUUCUGGAAAAAGUUUUUGUGCACUAAGUUAGUAAGUAAGCUCAUACUGAAUCUAGGCCUCUGAAAAACAAGUGGUCCACAAGAACAUGCAUAAAGCCUAAGUGUAGACUAAUGGAUGAGAAGGGAAAAAAGAAUAUGAGGGUCAAGAGGUGUAGAUUUCUUAUAAAAAUCACAAAAUUGGUAAUAAUGUAGAGGAGGAAACUUAGAUACAACGUUUGAAAAGGAGUAAGUAGUAUAGACUACAUUGAUAAAUACUUUGUGAAGUAUUACUGUUCCUGUAAAGACAUAGCACUUUCAUAUGCAUACUAAUUUAGUUGUACAUUUGUUUGUAUAAUAGCAAAAUCUAAGUAUAUUUAAUGAAUUCAAGCAAUAUAAUACUUGGCCAAGAAAUUGGAAUUGGGGAGUAUUUGUGUUGGAGAUGAUGAGUAUAGUAAGUUUUGUGUCACCAAAAGACUUCAUUGUCACCAAAUUAUAUUUCACCAAAAUUUAUGUGACUGGAUGUUUUGGUUUUCUCAUUUACCGAAUACCAGAGUAUUUAAAUUUUGAUCUGUGUAAGAACACUAACACCCAUUCUGAGUAUAUUUGACUUCUUGGAUUCAGAAAGUACUUCAUUACCUGUAAUCCCACUGAGUAACUGGGAUUACAGGUGUACACUGCUACAUCCAGUCUAGAACAUUCAGGCCUAGACUUGAUGGUGCUUCAGUGUUGUCAUCGUGAGCAAUUGUCCUUUUAUAUGCAGUACUGUAGACAUACUAGGGCUUCUGUGGCAUUGUUUAGAUGUUUCUUUCUUACAAAAUAAAUGCUUCAUGUCAGA